UGUAUAUAAUGAGGAUAUGUACGUAAAAAGUUUGAUUUGAAUCGUAUAGUUUUGAACUUCACUCUGUCUCAUCUUCCUCUUAAAAGGCCCCGGCGCUGGAAAAAUUGAUUGGUCCUUAAUUAUGGAGAACUAUAAAACAACUUUGCAAGCUAUGCAACGCCAAGCCAAUCGUCUGAUGAUUGAAAAGUUCAAGCAAGAAUCUCAUGACAAAGACACUCCUGAGCAGAGGCUAAUUCGAUUGACCGUUGAGCAUCCGCAAUACCGUGUCGACUUUUCGUUUCACUCACACUCCAAGGAUUGGUUUGUAUCCGAUGUUGGAACGAAAAUGUCGAAUGUGAUGAUUUCAAACCAAAUGGUAGCUCUUGACUGUGAAAUGGUUCUUUGUGAAGAUGGAACCGAGGGUGUGGUUAGAGUUGGCGCUGUUGACCGCAAUUUAAAGGUGAUCCUUGAUGAAUUUGUGAAACCGCACAAACCUGUUGUUGACUAUAGGACAACUAUUACAGGAGUUACUGCUGAAGAUGUCAUCAAAGCUACUCUCUCUUUGGUUGAUAUACAGGAAAAAUUGCGGCCGUUUCUCUCUUCGGGUACAAUUUUGGUAGGUCACAGUUUGAACCAUGACUUGGAAGUGUUGAAGAUAGAUCAUCCCAUAGUAAUUGAUACUUCACUUGUAUUUAAGUAUCCUAAUUCAACAAAGCGAAGAAGACCUUCUCUUAAUACCCUUUGCAUGUCUGUGUUGGGGUACGAAGUCCAAAAGACCGGUGUUUCUCAUCACUGCGUACACGAUGCAGUCGCUGCGAUGAAACUUGCACUUGCUGUUAUAGAGAAAAGAGUUGACACAACAAUCACACUAACUAAAGAGAUGGUGGAGGCCGAGAAAUCAAGACUCUUUCUACAUAGAAUCCCUCACUAUCUGUCAUCUGAAGAGCUGAAAAAAGAUCUUUCUCUAAAGUUUUUUCCCAAUAAGUUUACAGUUGAUGUUAAGCCAGCAAAAACACAAGGAGGUUACUAUUGUGCAGUUGUUGUCUUCGGUAGCUCAUUAGAAGCAAAUCAAGCAUUUGAGAACGUUAAUGGAUACCAAGAAACGGAUUCAUCGGGGCUGCCACAGAAACUCAUUUCUUGUUCAAGAGCCACUUUUUAUGUCCGUAAAAUGGCUUAAGAUUGGUGAUGCAACCUAGGGUUGGUUGAAGGCUUGAAGCUUAAUUUUUUUCUUUUUAAUAUGCUUUUUAUGUUGGGAGUUCUG